AUGGCCGAGUGCGCCAACGCCGCCGACGAGGCCAACUGCACCGCCUCCACGGUGGACUGCGGCGAUGACUUCCGCUGCGCCAACCUCCAGUGCAUUCCCGGCAUCUGGCGCUGCGACGGCAUCUUCGACUGCGACGACAACACCGACGAGCAGAACUGCACCGCCUUCAAGAGCGCCCUGACGGGCGCCGGCGCCUGCAACAAGGAGCACGGCAAGUUCCAGUGCAGCACCGGCGAGUGCCUCGACUACGCCCUCGUCUGCGACGGCCGCUCCGACUGCCUGCUGGGCGACGAUGAGCAUGCGGAGCAGUGCCGCAGCCGAUCAUCCGACGAGGCCGGCGCCGCCUCUGACGCCUGCCACGCCCGCCAGUGCUCGCACAUGUGCCUCUUUGACCCGGUCAACAACGCCUCCUUCUGCUACUGCCCGCCUGGCUACCACCUGGAGGGCGGCCUCAACGGCACCGCCUGCACCGACUACGACGAGUGCUCCGACGUGAAGCUGACGAACCUCUGCACGCAGCGGUGCACCAACCUGGAGGGCGGCUACCGCUGCGACUGCUACGACGGCUACCGCAUGACCAAUGUCAGCGGAGCGCACGGCACCACCACCUCAAGUUGUCUCGCCGAGGGCACCGCCCCUCUGCUCUACUACAGCACCGGUCGGGCGAUUCGCGCCGUGGACCUGCGCGCCGGAACACUGGUGCCCAUUGUGGAGAGCACCGACCCGAAGGAGAUCAUCGUCGGCAUGGACAUUGAGGUGGCCAACGCCCACCAGCGACUGCUCUUCUUUGGCUCCACGGUCCACUCGCACGGGACGGUCUACGAGGUGGCCCUCGCCGAGGGCGGUUUCGCCCAUCAACUUCAAAAUGGCCACUCUACGGUGCUCUACCACGAGGCGCUGAAGGGCAUUGAGGGCCUGGCGGUGGACUGGCUGGCCGGCCACUUCUACAUUGCCGAGUCGGAGCAGGACCGCAUUCUAGGCCGCCUCUUCUGGACGCAGUGGGGCGCCGGCAAGGCGGGCAUCUACACCGCCGCCAUGGACGGCGCCGGCGCCGCCCUCUUCCUCGAUAAGGUCCACUGGCCCAACGGCCUGGCGAUGGACGAGACGCUGAACCGCCUCUACUGGUGCGACGGCAAGGAGGGCACCAUUGAGUACUACGACUUUGACACGCACGUCCGCCACCUCGUCUUCCAGGACCACAACCGCCAGCCGUACGCACUGGCCGUCUUCGAGGACUCGCUCUACUUCAGCGACUGGGCGACCAAUCAGAUUGAGGUCUGCGACAAGAUCACCGGCCACCACAUGCGUCCCCUGGUGGCGGACGCCCGGAUUGACCGCUUCUUCGGCCUGGCCGUCUACCACCCGCUGAUGCAUCGGGCCAGCGGCCGCCUCUCGCCCUUCGACAAGUUCAACCCCUGCGAGAAGGCGCCCUGUACGCACCUCUGUCUGCUGAAGCAGGGCGCCCUCGGCUACAGCUGCCGCUGCCCGGACCAGAUGACCCUCUCGCCGAAGGACAAUGCCACCUGUGUGAGCAAUAGCACCAGUGCCAUCACUGUUCUCCCAGCUAAGCCAGUGCCAGCGCCUCCGCAGAAGGCGGUCGUCAUCAAGCCGUCGGCCACUUUUGCGCCGAUCAUCAUUGCUAAGCCCACCACCACUUCAACUACCACAACCACUUCAACAACCACCACCACCACCACCACUGUUGAGCCAGUUGUUGAGGUUCGCAUGAAGGAGGAGGACAACGGCAUCCGCCCACCGCAACCCGCCGAGAACAUGCUCAUUGAGCAGGAGGAGAGCGCUCGUCCCUCCGAUGGCUCAUCGCUCACUCGGACCCUUUGCCGACUGCUCAUCUACUGCAUCAUUCUGGCCAUUGUCGCCUUUGUCGUGCUCAUGUGGAAGAACCUCUCAUUCCGCGAGCACAUGAGGGCCGCCUACCAGCAGCAGCUGGACCGCUACCGAGACCACAAGCAGGUGCGCUUUGUGCGCAACCAGAACUACGAUGCCGACCUCCUGGGCAAUGUGGAGGUGAAUGGGGCCUGCCUCAACCCCAACAACAAUCAACAAAAGCCGCAGCAGCAGCAACAACAGGAGCAGCAGCAGCAGCAGUUCUACUCAAAGCCACCCGUCGAGAGCAAGGACUGCUUCCUGAAUCCAUUUGUCUGA